UGGUGCCGGGCGGCCGGCCCACGGCUCCACGCCAGCCCCAGGCUCCGGCGGCCGCGCAGGCCCCGGCCUCCCGUCCCCUUUGUCUCUGCUAAUUGCAGUCAAGCCGGGCCAUGAAAAGCUGCUUCUGUGUCCGGCGGAGCGACGAGCUGCCGCAGCUAACAAGUCGCUCAAUGAUGCCUGAAAUAUGGGAUCUGUCUGAAGCUUUGCCUGAUUUGUCCAUGGAUCCAAUUACGGGCGUUGGAGUGGUCGCCUCACGAUAUCGGGCACCUGCCAGUUACGAAGUAAUUUCGCAAACGGCAGAUGGCUUGGAUGCUGACCUAUGGAAGGACGCCUUAUUUAAAUCCAAGGUCACCCGAUUUCUCUGCUUUACGAGAUCAUUUUCCAAGGAGAACAGCCAUUUAGGGAACGUGCUAGUGGAUAUGAAGCUGAUCGAUUUAAAGGAUACUUUACCGGUGGGCUUUAUCCCCAUUCAAGAAACAGUGGACACUCAAGAGUCGGCUUUCAGGAAGAGAAGAUUGUGCAUCAAGUUUAUUCCUCGCGACUCAACUGAAGCUGCCAUUAGUGAUGUGAGAAUCUAUGGCAAAUCCAAGCAGGCUCCUCCACAGUAUACCUUCAUUGGGGAACUGAACAACAUGGGAAUCUGGUACAGAAUGGGAAAAGUUCCAAGGACACAAGAAAUCCCAACAUCGACUACUAAAACAUCAUUUACGUCAUCUUCAUCAAGCUGUGUUCCUAACCUUCCCAGGCAUGUAUCCUUGACGCUUCCUGCUAGUUUCCGAAAUAAGAUGCCUGGCAACAGACCAGACUUUGAACACCAGACCUCCAGCCUAUAUGCCAUAUCAGCAAUGGAUGGCGUGCCUUUCACGGUUUCAGAGAAAUUUGCGAGUGCAAUAGAAACUGUGCAGCCAGAUGAAUUAAUGGGCAUAACAAUCAAAUCGUUGGCUGAAAUAGAAAGGGAAUACGACUACAGCUUCAGAACGGAACAGAGUGCCGCUGCUCGCCUUCCUCCGAGUCCCGCUAAGUGUCAACAGUCCCUGACGUCCUGAAGACUGGUCUCAAUGGACCUCUUGUAAAUUAAGGGACGGAGAACCGACUGGAUCAAGCAGCGUUGUUGGGAGAUCUUGCUUUUCUUUACCUUCCACUGAAAUAGAAUUGGUAUACUGGAUAAAAUGGGCACUGUUUCUAAUAAUCAGCAGUCUACCUGCAACUUAACCUUUUGUACAUGGAGUUUUUGUAGAUAUAAUGUUCAAUGUGAUCUUUUAAUUGCAGAUCUUUGGGCCUUGGACACAACGAUUAUUAAGCAAAGGCUGGAUGUUUUUGCCUUCAUGAGCCAUAGUAUAUUUCUUCAUCUCCCAUUCAUCAGGUUAUUUUUGCACACUUCAGAAAUCCUUCUGGGUUGGUCAUUCUCACAGACUAAGCAGCGUCUAACAUAUAAGUAGCCAUUUCUUUUAAGACAUUAUACAGAAUUAGGAGUACUUUUUUUUAAUGAAGGAAAUAAAAUUAAGUUUGGAAAUAUCAUGACAUAACUGCUUUAUUUACCAGCAAUCCAAACAUUUGUUCCAGAGUAAUAUCUAACAUUUUGACCAACAUUAUCUACAUCAUGUAGCAAAGUCAUAAGAUGUUUGUUCAUACCAGCCAGGGAACUGGAGAGUGGCUGGUUUUAGUUAUCUUGCAAUGUGCCAUAUUACUUUUGUACACAUUCUAAAACAGCUUCAUUUAUGCCGCCCUUGUUAAUCAUCAUCUGUUUUAUUGUUUCUUCCCCUGAAAAAUUCCCCGAUUUUUUCCUUCUCUCGCUCCCUCUCUCUUUCUCUCCCUCUCUCCCUCCCUCUCCCUCUCUCCCUCCCUCCCUCUCCCCCUCUCUCGGAGUUAAACAGCUUGUUAACAGAAAUCGGAAUGGGACACAAUUUCAGGGGGGGUCGUAGAUGCCAUGUUCAAAUUAAUUUCUUCCCUUUAUUUUUCCACCCCCAGUUUUCAUCUAACUGUGAAGCUUUUCUGUUGAGCUUCUCAGCACCUGCAGCAAAACGUUCCAGCCUGUAAAUUCUUUUACCACACUUUUUAAAAAUGUUGUUUUUGGAGAAAAAAAACAGUAUUAGUUAUGUCGUAGUCAGUAAUUGCAAAUGAAAACAGGCCUUCCUUACUGAUUCUUGAUCAACAUGGGGCAUUUGUGCUAUCUUAAUGAUUUAUUUGCCUGCAAUCUUUCUACACUUGCGUAAGGUAUGAUUCCGUGAUUGUAUUCUGAGUGAAAUGUUUUGGUUUGUCAAAUGCACUGAUUUGCUUUGCACUGCGAUUUUGUUUUUAAAGAUGUUUUGGGGCUCCUCUUUUUAACGUGGAUUCGUUUUUGUUUUGGUCUUAUCUUUUCAAAACUCCUAAUUCUCAUUGUCCUCAACAUGUCUGUGAUUCUAGACGAACGCUGUGUAAACCUUGUGUAACACUGUAAAGGCUUGUAAAGUGUCGGCUAUUAUUUAAUGGCAGGGUCCCGUUUUGCCAGCCCCCGCGGAUCGCAGCCGCCUCCUCCAAGGCUGUGUAUCUCAUCCCAGAUAUUGUCUGCGUUCAGUCCGGAUUGUGCGGCAGACUCCAGAAUGCAGUGUCUCAGUGGAUGGAGCUGAGGGGCAAAGCAAGCGUACACUGGCUGCCUCGUACACCUAAUGCGCAGCAGUUGUGCAUGGGCAUUUUCCUUUUGUUCACCCCCCCCCCCCCCCCCUGACUUUAUCAUUUCCAGUGCAAAACAAAUGCUGCCUACUGUGGGCAUGGGCUUGUGAGAUGGACUGAAUAAUCGUCAGUGUUGUAGAAUUGCAUGCCUGUCCUGUAUGUGGGAUAACAUGUCUAGCUUAGUACCUCAAAACCCGUGGCGUAAAGCACCCGUGGUGUUCCGACUCGACACGGGUUACUUGAGCUUCGAAGAGUUGAUAUUCAAAUACUGCAUGAGAUGCGUGUGUAACUCUUUAGUCUAAGAAAGUGGAAUCGGUUUUUUUCCCCCUCCAUCGAGAUUAUGUCAUUAUUUCUGUCAAAGAAUUGCGAGUCAUUUUCUGUUCGUGUUGACUGCAUUUACAUAUGCGGUGGAGCUUAAUGAUAUUAAGAUAGUCUGCUACUUAAGAAUGAGCCUUUGCCUAAAGCAGGGCUAAGUGUGGCCAGCUAUCUUCACUUCACUCAAUUAUAUUUUGUUGUAAAUAAAACAUUGAUAACAUUAGAACUUCCACCCGAGUAUUACAAAUCUUUUGGCAAAAAUUGAAAAACUUUUAACUUUCCUUAUGGUUGUUUCAUUUUUAAUUAUGUUGGAGAUUUAAACCACUGUUCUAAAAUACUUAGAAAUAAAAUCUUACUGUAUUUAUCGUAAACCUGUUUCUUGUACCCAUGAAGGAAGGUUUAUAAUUCGGUUUAUUGCGCCUGUAUUAAUGUAACUUGUUAAAUAAAAUAUCCAUUUU